AUAAUAAAGAAAGCUAGAAAACAAUUUCUCUCUCUUAUACUACCAUCAUCAGCAUCAUACCUUCCUGAAAAUUAAAGCAACGACUCUGAUUGCAAACUGAUGAUAGCUUUGAUUCCAAUUCACAGACCCACCACCACAAGCACAAGCACAAGCACAAGCUCCUCCCUUGUUGUUUCUCAGUUACAAAACCCUUUUUCUUUGUCUGGCAAUUUGUUUUUUACCCUUUCUUUUUUGGGGUUUUAUUAUAUUUUUCUGGGUGUUCAAAAACAUAGAAGAAGAAGAAGAUCUAAACAGCCUUUUUUUCUGGUUUUGAUGAGACUGUGUUAAAGAUCUGAGCGGCGGAAAAGGGUUGACAAAAAUGGUGGGAACGGCUAAUGGUAGUAGAACACCAGUUACACCACGACAAGCUUUUUCGGUCGUCAAUGGUGGACAAGAUCCGGGUACCCGGUCCGGACCCGGAAGCAUUGCUGGGUCGGAUUGUGGAGGGAUUGAGUUUACAAGAGAAGAAGUUGAAGCAUUGUUGAAUAUGAAGAUCAGAACUAAAGAUAAAUUCAAUCUCAAGGAAAAAUGCGAGAUAAUGAUGGAGUAUAUAAAGAAGCUCAGGAUGUGUGUAAGAUGGUUUCAAGAAUUUGAAGGGGAGCUUUCAUUAGAGCAUGAAAAACUCAAAAAGAUGUUUGAAUCAGCAGAAAAGAAAUCCAACGAUAUGGAAACGCUCAUGAACGCAAAGGAAGAAGAACUAUCCGACCACCGCACCACCCUAUCCGACACCCUAAACUACAUCCUAAUGUUAGAAAUUCGGGACGGAUUGAUUGAUGAUAUUGUUGUACCUGAUGCUAAUUACACCGUUCCUGAUUCUGGAUUCAGUUGGCCAAUUCAAGCGACCUUAAACGGUUCUUCAUCGAACCCUAGUUUGGAUCUUGAUGGCUCAACUGCGGAUUCAGAUGAUCAUAAUGAUUCCAUAUCAAAAAGCAGGGGAAGGAGGGAUAACCGUAGGGGGCGAAGGCCCUCAAAUCCUAAAAAAUUUCUACAGGACAAAUCAAAAGUAAAAGAAACCUACAAAUCAACAUCCUUCAGCUCUUCGACUCUCUACUCCGCGUACAAGGCUCAACAAAUUGAUACACCUCAUAGGUUUCUUAAAUUGUCUUCGAUGCUUGAGCCUAGAAGGGCACCCACAGUGGAGAAAUCCGUUGUUUUGGCCGAUGCUGUUCAAAUGCUGACUCAAUUACGAAUAGAAGCACAAAAGCUUAAACAUCCCAAUUCUGAUCUUCAAGAUAAAAUUAAGGAAUGAUGAGUAUUGUGAAUGUAAGAACGAUUAUGCAACGUCAGAUUGAAAGAAUCAGUGUUUAUGAUGAGA